GCGGUGAGGGUGGGUGGCGAGAGCUAUAAAGCCCUCCGUGCCCGCCGGGAGCCUGGUGACGACCGCCCGCCGCAGUCCGUGUUCCAGGUCUCCCGACACCAUGAGCACCCGAUACCUCCUUGCUGUGUUUCUGGUCGUCCUGGUGUUGGGAUUCGAGGUGCAGGGGUCCCAGGAGCCUGAGGCCACCACCCCACCCCUGCUGGCCCAGGUGCAGGAAUCACUCUACAGUUACUGGGAUUCAGCCAAGGAAGCCGCCAAGGACCUGUACAGAAGGACCUACCUACCAAGCGUGGAUGAGAAGCUCAGGGACAUGUACAACCACGGCACGACGGCUGUGAGCACUUAUGCAGGGAUUGUGACUGACCAGAUCCUCACCAUGCUGAAGGGAGACCACUGACAGCCCCCCUCCCCACCCAAGUCUGUAGGGGAGGGCAGAGCCCAGGCCCUCUGACCCGCCCCAGGAUCUCCAACUGCCCUUCACUUCCCAGCAGCUCUCAGCAUCCUGCUCCCAACUUUAGCCUGAAUUCUUAUCAAUAAUAAAUUUUUUUUAAAAUCUAA